UUGUUUACUGUUUUCCUCUUGUCUAUUUUUUUUUCUUCUCUCCUCAGUGCCCAACCCAAGUUCAAAGGCUGAUGAGAGAGAAAAACUCAGGAGGAGAUUUUACUCUGGGGAAAGUUGUUCAGUGGAUGAGAUCUUUGUGCACGGGGAAGAUGUCAGGCUCCUCCUGGUUCCUUCUCAGCCUUGUUGCUGUAACUGCUGCUCAGUUUACCAUAGAGGAACAGGCCAAGACAUUUUUGGACAACUUUAAUCAGAAAGCUGAAGACCUAUCUUAUCAAAGCUCACUUGCUUCUUGGGAUUAUAACACCAAUAUUACUGACGAAAAUGUUCAAAAGAUGAAUGAGGCUGGGGCCGUCUGGUCUACCUUUUAUGAAGAACAGUCAAACCUUGCCAAAGCUUAUCCACUACAAGAAAUUCAGAAUCUCACAGUCAAACGUCAGUUGCAGGCUCUUCAGCACAGUGGGUCUUCAGCGCUUUCCGCAGACAAGAACAAACGGUUGAACACAAUUCUAAAUACAAUGAGCACCAUCUAUAGUACUGGAAAAGUUUGUAACCCGAAUAAUCCACAGGAGUGCUUACUGCUUGAACCAGGUUUGGAUGACAUAAUGUCAAAGAGCACAGACUACAGUGAGAGGCUCUGGGCUUGGGAAGGUUGGAGGUCUGAGGUCGGCAAGCAGCUGAGGCCAUUAUAUGAAGAAUAUGUGGCCCUGAAAAAUGAGAUGGCAAGAGCAAACAAUUAUGAGGACUAUGGGGAUUACUGGAGAGGAGAUUAUGAAGCAGAAGGAGUAGAUGGCUAUGACUACAGCCGCAACCAGUUGAUUGAAGAUGUGGAGCGUACCUUUGCUGAGAUUAAACCAUUGUAUGAGCAUCUUCAUGCCUACGUGAGGGCAAAGUUGAUGGAUGCUUACCCUUCUCGUAUCAGUCCAGUGGGAUGCCUCCCUGCUCAUUUGCUUGGUGAUAUGUGGGGUAGAUUUUGGACAAAUCUAUACUCCUUGGCAAUUCCUUUUCGACAGAAACCAAACAUAGAUGUUACUGAAGCAAUGGUGAGCCAGUCCUGGGAUGCUGACAGGAUAUUCAAGGAGGCUGAGAAGUUCUUUGUGUCUGUUGGUCUUCCUCAUAUGACUCAAGGAUUCUGGCAAAACUCCAUGCUAACUGAGCCAGGAGAUGGCAGGAAAGUGGUCUGCCAUCCCACAGCUUGGGACCUGGGGAAGAAUGACUUCAGAAUCAAGAUGUGCACAAAGGUGACAAUGGACCACUUCUUGACAGCCCACCAUGAGAUGGGACACAUCCAGUAUGACAUGGCAUAUGCCAUUCAACCUUUCCUGCUAAGAAAUGGAGCUAAUGAAGGAUUUCAUGAAGCUGUGGGGGAAAUCAUGUCACUUUCUGCAGCUACACCUGAGCAUCUGAAGUCCAUUGGUCUCCUGCCACCAGAUUUUCGUGAAGACAAUGAAACAGAAAUAAACUUCUUACUCAAACAAGCACUCACGAUUGUUGGAACUCUGCCCUUCACUUACAUGUUAGAGAAGUGGAGGUGGAUGGUCUUCAGGGGUGAAAUUCCCAAAGAGCAGUGGAUGAAAAAGUGGUGGGAGAUGAAACGAGAAAUAGUUGGAGUGGUGGAACCUGUGCCUCAUGAUGAGACGUACUGUGACCCUGCAUCCCUAUUCCACGUUUCUAACGAUUACUCAUUUAUCCGGUAUUACACAAGGACCAUCUACCAAUUCCAGUUUCAGGAAGCCCUUUGUCAAGCAGCUAAACAUGUAGGACCCCUGCACAAAUGUGACAUCUCCAAUUCCACUGAAGCUGGACAGAAGUUGCUCAACAUGCUGAGACUUGGAGCAUCAGAACCCUGGACCUUAGCUUUGGAAAAUGUUGUUGGAGCAAAGAAUAUGGAUGUAAGACCACUGCUUAACUACUUUGAGCCCUUGUUUACUUGGCUGAAAGAACAGAACCGGAACUCUUUUGUAGGGUGGCGCACUGAAUGGAGUCCAUAUUCUGAAGAAAGCAUCAAAGUGAGGAUAAGCCUAAAAUCUGCUCUUGGAGAUAACGCGUACAAAUGGAAUGCUAAUGAAAUGUACUUGUUCCGGUCAUCUGUUGCAUAUGCCAUGAGAGUGUAUUUUUUAGAAGAAAAAGCCCAGAUGGUUCCUUUUACGGAGGAGGAUGUACGAGUGAGUGACGAGACACCCAGAAUCUCCUUCACCUUCUUUGUGACUGCACCUAAUAAUAUAUCUGACAUUAUUCCUAAGAAUGAAGUUGAAAAUGCUAUCAGGUUGUCCCGGAGUCGUAUCAAUGAUGUUUUUCGCCUGGAUGACGAUAGUCUGGAGUUCCUGGGGAUUUACCCAACACUUAGCCCUCUUUAUGAGCCACCUGUCACCAUAUGGCUGAUUGUUUUUGGAGUUGUGAUGGGACUGGUAGUGGUUGGCAUUGUCCUCCUAAUUUUCACUGGGAUCAGAGAUCGAAGGAAGAAAAAGCAAACCAAAAGAGAAGAAAACCCUUACUCUUCUGUGGACAUUGAUAAAGGAGAAAAUAAUACAGGAUUCCAAAACAAUGAGGAUAUUCAGACUUCGUUUUAGAAAAAUCUUUUUCCUUCUAAGGUGAUUUUAUUAUAAGUAAAUGUUUGUUUCAUCAUAUAGAAAAUGUACAAUUAUAAAGAUGUCAUGAAACGUAAAACUAUGGCUAUGUUCAGAAAAAUUUUGCCAAAGACACUAUGACUGAGGAGUGGGCAUCUUUAAUGAUGCUGCUUUCAGUAUUUAUUUCUGCCUCAGGACUUGGUUUCUCUUCUGUUUCCUCAAGUUUAUGUUAGAAUGAAAGAGAAAAAGUAUUUCUUUGGCCUCCCAGGCUAUCUAAACACAAAUGUCUAUUCAGUAGCUAGAGUUGGAGAGCAAAAAGAAUACAUUACUAUGUCAUGGGAGAAAGUGCUGGACCUUGUGUAAAAUCCAUGCUGGCAAACUGGUGGGGAUUGAGGUGGGACCCACUGUUCACUUUUAGUUAAUCCAAGUGAGAAGGAUGAAGGAUGCCAUGCAUACUUGCAGACUGAUUAAAACUAGACUCAAUAGAUUAAUAUGUCCAGAUUUUACCCAUUAAGUCAUACUAUAUUGUAGCCAGAAUAAUGUUAGAGUGACUUUGCACUUAAUAAAUUUAAUGUGCUAAUGGAAAUAGUGGAUCAAUUAGCCAGGUUAGGGGAUAAUGAUUUUCAGAAUCCCCUAUAAAAUAGCCUCAAGAUAAUCAAGUGAGCCUGGGUCAUUUGAGGCUCUUCAGCAUCUUUUAAUUGAUACUGAGGUAGCAAUGAUCGCAUUCUCUGUCUUGGCCUGGGACCCACGCCUCUCCACUGAAGCUUCCUUACUACCAACUGUUUUACCAUCUUGAUAUUCAUUGGGCCCAUAGCUCAGAGGAACAUACAAUAGUAUUUUCUCCUUAUUUGUAUAUCCCUUUCAUUGAAAACAAUGCCUAGCUGUAACACAGAAACUAGGAAAACCCGCUCAUUUCCCUGACUUAAUCUUGUGGGGUUUUCUAACCAGUGCAGUCCUCAUUUUGCCUACCAGGUAGGGCUUGUGGUCCUUCACUAGUAUAACAACAUUCUCUGAGAGGAUGGACACUCUCCAAAGAGGGUCCUGUACCCAGGCCAUGAUGAGAGUUGGCAAACUGUGACCCCUGGGCCAAAUCCUGCCCAUCACUUGUUUUUGUAUGACCUGUGAAUUCACACUGAUUUUUUGUAAUUUUCAAUGACUGUGGAAGAAAAUAAAAUAAUAUUGUAGGACAUAUGAAAAUGAUAUGAAAUUCAA